UGUACGAUUCAUGGCGGCAUGUUGUGAAGAGGAGGAAGAAGAAGAGCAGGUAAACACUUCCUGAGACCCAACGCUGUAGUAGGUGGCGCUAAUGCACCUUAAACGUUAGGUGCCACCCACCAUUAAAGAAGAAGAAGAUGCUUCGCUCAGUUUCCAGUUUACGUUUAAGUCUUAACGUGAAGGUGAAACUGGUCUCCGCUGGUUUCCGGUUCACCUCUGACCUUCUGCACCUUCACCCGCCACAACUCAGCCACGAGGCUGGUCUGUCCCAGCAGGAGGCGCUGGAGGUGCUACAGGCUGUGAGGAGUGAAGGGGGGGGGGCGUCAGUCUCUCUCACUGCUCUGGAGCUCCUGCAGAAGGAGGCGGAGACGAGGAGCAUCGUGACCUUCUCCUCUCGACUGGACGCUGCGCUCAGCGGCGGAAUUCCUGUCGGGAAAACAACAGAAAUCUGUGGAACGCCAGGAAUCGGGAAAACACAACUGUGUCUGCAGCUGGCGGUGGACGUCCAGGUGCCUCAGUGUUUCGGGGGGGUCGGAGGUCAGGUGAUCUACAUCGACACAGAGGGCAGCUUCCUGCUGCAGAGAGUAACCGACGUGGCCGCCGCCGCAGUCAGACACUGCUCCUUAUUGGUCGAAGAUGACGAGCAGCGUGUCGCCAUGACAACUUUCACCGUGGAGGAUAUCCUGUCCAACAUCUUCCUGGUGCAUUGUUUUGACUACGUGGAGCUGCUGGCGGAGCUUCACCUGCUGCCCGACUUCCUGUCAGAUCACCCGAGGGUCCGCCUCCUGGUGAUUGACAGUGUGGCAUUUCCAUUUAGACGGUUUGACGACCUGUCACAGAGGACACGCCUCCUCUACGGCCUCGCCCAGCAGCUUUUUGCUAUGGCAACCAGAAACACUGUUGCUGUUGUGAUCACCAACCAGAUGACCACACGGGUGCGGGGCAGCCAAUCACAGCUGGUCCCUGCCCUUGGGGAUAGCUGGGGCCACGCCUCCAACAUCAGGCUCCUCCUACAGUGGUCAGGGUCACAACGCCUGGCAACAGUUGUUAAAUCUCCAAGUCACGCGGACGCCACCGUCCAAUACCAGAUCACCUCAGACGGCUUCAGAGACAGUGACCAAUCAGGAGCCUGCUGAUUGGUCGGACGUUUUUCAAUAUCUGAAGAUGAGGGAGACGAUUCUGCUCGGACAUGUUCAUGUGUUUCACUGUAAAUAAAUAACAGACUGUAAAUAUGUUAAAACUGAUUCAAAUGUAAAGUAAAUAAAAGUCUUUUAUUGUUA